AUGGACAUCAACUCAGACCCUGGUUGCUGCAAGGCCACGGACCCACACAAGGCUGUAGGCAGUAACUCAGGCCUGAAUGUCACCAUGGUCCUUGGUGGCCACACAGCCCACUCAUAUCAGUAUGGCCCCAAUAGAAGCACAGCCUUUGGACACCAACAUGGUCACAGGUUACAGCCUGGACUCUGGGCAUCUGUGUGGCUUUUGGCAGCAACAUGGGCCAUGGACAUCAACAUGGACACCGGCUAUGGUAGGACCAUGAACCUAGACAUGGACCUCCACAGCAGCCUGGACUUGGAUGUCACCAUGCCUGGCCCAGAUGGCACCAUGGUACAUUGUGGAAGUGCAGGCCACCCAGAUCUGUAUGGCCCCAGCUGCAGCAUGACCCUCAGACAUUCACCUGGCCUCAGAACUUCGUUUCGAACUUCAAGUGGUCUCAUGAUUUUCCGAAUGGCUGCUUCAGCCUUAACCAUCAGACACAGUUCUGGGCACCGGAGGGAGGAAGUGGCUAGAGCAGAAGAAUGCGCCCUGUGGCUAGAGGACUUUGUGGAAACCUCAUCCACUGUCUGCUGUCUGUAUUUUAUGUGUUUAACCUUCAAACUACCUCCAGAAGAAAUGUCAGGGGAUGGGAUAGCCCAGAGAUGGGACUACACGCAGAUCAGCGUCCAGAAUUUCUCCUACAAGUGGACCAUCAGCAACUUCAGUUUUAUUCUGGAGGGAAUGCGGGGACACAUUAGAAGCCCAACUUUCUCAAUAGGAGCCAAUGAGAAAUGGUGUUUGAAAAUAGACCGGGACGAGAUCAAUGAAGAAAGGACAACUCACCUGUCAGUUUACCUGAUGUUGCUCAGCUGUCCAAAGAAUCAUGUUUGGGCAAAGUUCCAGUUCUGGAUCGAAACCGCCGAAGGAGAGGAAACACGAAGUAUGAAGAGCCCAAAAGCCUUUGUGUUUGUGCCAUACUACAGCUGGGGAUUCAAAAACUUCAUUCGUAGAGAUUUCCUCUUGUCCCAUGCCGACUGGCUUCUCCCAGAUGACAAGUUCACCCUCCACUGCAAGGUGAGCAUGGCCCAGGACUCCUUUAGCAUCUCUGACCAGAACAGGAAGGCAGGGAUUCAGGUUCCCAAGUGCACACUGGCAGAUGAGCUAGGAGAGCUGCGGAAGAAUUCCGGCUUCACAGACUGCUGCCUGUUGGUAGGUGGCCAGGAAUUCCGGGCUCACAAGGCCAUUUUAGCAGCUCGCUCUCCAGUUUUCAGAGCCAUGUUUGAACAUGACAUGGAGGAGAGCAAAAGGAACCGCCUUGAGAUCCAUGACGUGGAGCCACGAGUCUUCAAGGCAAUGAUGGACUUCAUUUACACCGGAACAGCACCAGACCUGGACAGCGUGGCAGCUGCUAUGCUGGCAGCUGCUGACAGGUAUGGCCUGGAGCGUUUGAAGGUCAUGUGUGAGGAUGCCCUCUGCAGGGACCUCUCUGUGGAGAAAGCUGCCCACACUCUCUUCCUGGCUGACUUCCACAGCGCAGGGCAGCUGAAAACCCAGGCACUGGAUUUCAUUACAGCUCAUGCCUCUGAGGUCUCUGAGACCUCAGGCUGGAAGGCAAUGGUGGGCUCAUAUCCCAACUUAGUGGCUGAAGUAUACCGCUCCUUGGCUUCUGCUAACUGCCCUCUCCUGGAGUCCCCUCUCAAACGCCUGAAGAAUUCCUAG